AUGCCCGCGAUCUCACAAACCACACACAUUCUAAGCUUCUCAUCUUCCUCAUCAUCAAGCGCCGUCACGAUCAUCGUGGUGUUCGCCCUCAGCCUGUUUCCCAUGGUUCUGGCGGAACGAGAAUCCUCACGCAUCCUCCGGCUGCCCUCGGAAAAUUCAAAAAUGACACCGUGGUCGUGUCCGGUGAAGUGCUUCCGGGCCAGUCCGGUGUGCGGGGAGGACGGGGUGACGUACUGGUGCGGUUGCGCCGAAGCGGAGUGCGCGGGAACGAAGGUGGCGAAGUUGGGGUUCUGUGAAGUGGGAAGUGGGGGCUCGACUCCUCUGCCGCUUCAGGCGCUACUGUUGGUGCAUAUAGUGUGGCACAUUGUGAUCGGCUUCUCUGUAUUGUUCGGCCUCUUUUGA